CUUUUCGAAUCUUGCAACCUGGUCCUCUUCAGUUGUGUCUCGUCCUGCUAGGAUUGGGUGGAAAGACAGCGUUGGCGACAAAGUUGAUAACAUGUUGCUGGUGGGCAUGACGAAGGCAACACUUGCUAAGGGUGGCCUGUUGCAACGGGUUGCGGAAUCUUCGCUCAGCUUGGUGGGCGCUCCUUCCAAUUUUGCCACAAUUGACGCGGUGAAUGCGGGGUGUUGUUGUGGUUGCUCGGGCUCGGUAUCGCAGCUUCCUCAAUUACCUUCUCCCGACCAGUUUACUCUGCUCCUUCGACCACAACACACCUGUACGUACUCCAUCAUUAUCCCCAGCUGAUGCCACGUUGGAGCCAUGCUAAGCUAUCCAGACCGUCGAAAAUUCGAGCAGAUCCGCUCACAGUGGGAAGCUGCUCAGCCUCUGAGCGACGAGCCCUCCAAGAUGGUAGGCCGCAAGGUAAGGCCUGCGGCCCACCAGCCUCUCAACGCCGACCAGAGCAAUGGCGGCAGCAAGUUCCGCCGGAAGCUCAGCCAGGGCUUGUCUUUCAGCUGGAAUCCGCUCUCGCAACGCAAGACGACACCGGCUCGUCACCCACGUACGACGUCCAACAAUGAGGGCACUGACAAGAGCAUUGACCCAGAAGCGACCCCAAAGGCACUGCCCCGCUCCCGCACCAUGAGCUACAUCCCACGCCCUAGCAGGAGCGGGUCUGAGUCGUCGGUCAUCGACUCAGACUCUGCCACCAAGGCACCCCCUCCGGUCUUCACUGUUGACCAAGCCCGCGCCACGCCGUCAAAGAUCCCUACGCCGAGUCCGCCAGUGCCAGGACGUCGACAAUCGAGCCCACGCCAGUAUAACCCCAAACUUACAACGCAACAGGCGAAGCAUGUCGCUGCUGGCAAUGCUUUUGCGGGAGCUGGCGGCUCGUCUCCGUCGAAGGCAUCGGUACGGUCGCAUACAACGCCGAACCUGGUAAAGCAUGCUGAUUCGCCUCCUCUUACCAACUUCAUGAUACCCAGGAAGUCAAUGCUGCAAAACCCGUCGACCAUUCCGGGACCCCAGCGACCGACCUUGAAGGAGAAUAUGCGCUCAAAUCAGCGAGAUAAUCGGAGGCUGUCGCAGAUCCAGGAAAAGUCACCAAGGUCACCACGGUCACCAAGGCGUGCGAGUCUCACAUCUCCACGCAAGGUCUCCAACAGGCGCUCCAUCGGGCCAGGUAAUGCCCUUGCUCAUAGCAAACAACUAGACCGUGCUACCCCAACAACGGCCGGCAAACGCCUGAGCUCACAGAUUGCACCGCCAACACCCUUGACGGCCAAGCGAUUGGCGACGAACAAGCAGAGUCCGAGCAAAUCGAUGACAUCGUUCCAAAAUGCUCAAGGGAACGCAAUUGCCCAGUCGAGACUGAUGGGCCCAGUUAACCCGCCAACCCCCCCGCAAAUCGAUCAUGCAGCUGCGCGGCCCGCUUUACCUCGAGCGAGCACGGACAAGGACUUGCGCAGAAAGACUUUCACAACGCCUGCGAAGCGAAGUGGUGUGGGAAUGCUUUCGCGGUCUCAAGGUCGUGCGAGCAAUGAGGUGAGAGAAUCUCAUUCCUCCACCUUCCAUAACCUCUUAAGGCUUCGCGACCCUCCCCCACCUGUGCCCCCAAUCCCGGAGCGGUUCAGGACCCCAUCCAUGCCAGUGCUCACACCAGUGAGCUAUACUCCGCCAAGCAAAAGCAACGAAGAAGACGACUUAACUAGCGCUUCUUCCACCUUCGCUUUGUAUAAUUUUGGUACCAAAGCUGACAAACAAUCCUCUUUGGGACAUUCUGCCAAUCUGGAAGCCGCAUUGCCGACCGUUGAAGAAUCCUCCGACGAGGAAACAGGAUCGAAAGCCCCAAGGUCCACGACUAAUUCUUCUCCAAAUCCUUUCUUGCAAUCUGAACUCCUUGCAACCGUCACACCACGUUCUUGGUCAAUCAGUGACCUCCACUCUGAGGAAUGUACUGACACCGUACCUUUUGAGCAGGUCAAAGAUUAUAUGCCACCGCUUUAUUGGGCUGGCCGGUUCCAGUCCCGAUUCGAUCAAUGGCGUACCGAAGCCAUGAAAGCCGAGCUCGACAAGGAUUACAAAGCGGCAGGAUUUGCUGGACAGUUCAAGUUGAGUGACGAGAAGGAAGCAGCCUGCUACAUCUUUUUGCAGCUUCGCGAUGUAUGCGUCUCCAACCAAGCAGCAGACAGUCUUUGGGAGUUCGAGUACAGGUACCGCCAGGACCACAAGAUGCUCGGCGCGACGUGCAAAGUACCCCCGCUCUUGAUGCGCAGACGGGAUGACGCGACCCCAAAACAAGGACCGAUCGGUCGAGCUGUGAGGAAGCUGACACCUAGGAAGAGCAGCUUUGUCAACUUGCUGAAGGGAAAGGGUUGGAAUAAGGAGCAGGACGUGAAGACCGUUGGUGGUACGGUGGACUUUGACCUGCCGCAGGUGGAGAGCCACUGGUCUUCUUCUUCUUCGAGCUCCUGGCCAGGCAAUUGA